AAAAGUGUUAAAGCAACGUGUACUAGAACAAAAUAAGUACAAACCUAACCUAACAAAUAAGUAAAAUAUUAAAAACAAGAUGUAAAGUAUAACUCGAAACGCUUGAAAUACAUUAAAACUAUUAAUAAGAAAUUGCAAAGUGAUAUUUUAAAAAACAAAAGAUAAAUGAUAAUUCUCUUAUUUUUAUGACAGUAAAAGGAUGUAAAUGAACAUAACAAAUAAAAACAGAUAAUUAUACGUGUAAUUAAAUGACAACCGUUCUCGUCAAAAUUGGUUUUCCUAUUAUGGAAUAAUCACAGUGCAAGAUGUAUAUGUGCUCCCAGACUGCGAAAAAUAGAUUCAUAGACAGGUGUUUAUGAUCUAUUCAGAAUAGGGUUAUUGUUAAAGAACUUGUCAAGAUGGCUAAGAUUUGUAUCUUAUUUGCGUUUCUGUCGCACCUAUUAUGUACCAUGGUACAUGGAGCAACUUUGUGUUCGGAAUACUUCACACAUACAUUCGACCCUGAGACAGGCAAGAUAUAUGGUCGGAUCGAAAUUGUUUCUCCGCCAGAAAAUGACGAAUUUUAUUUAAAAGUAGCCUUAAAUGCUACCGCUGAAUCUUUGAAUGGGGUAUUUCGAAUAGAAUUGGCACGACCGAUAAAAGACACCGUUCAAGUUAUUCGACAAGGCAGAUCUUUGGUGUAUCAUAUUAAUUUUCCCUCGGACCCAAAAUUGCCAACAUUAUCCGCGAUAUGGUUUAAUAAUCGGCAAUAUUGUGUCGGCCCCGCAGGGGCUAGUGGAAGUAUCAUAGCCAAUAUUGAGGUGGGGCAUAUUGUAUACCUUCCGAACGAAGAACCACUGCCUCAGGAUUUUCAGCCGUGGCAUCGAAAUUCGAGUGGCUACCGCAUAGACAAUCCGUACUACAAUAACAACGCCGAAUGCGGUGUUACCGGUUACUACACCGAUAGAACAAAUAAACUGAUCCCCGAUGGUGAGACCUCAUUACCAGGCCAGUGGCCGUGGGUAGUCGCAAUCUUCGUUAUUGAAACAGGAGGGUAUCGAAGAACACAGAAGUUUCGAUGUGGUGGUUCACUUUUAACAAACAGACAUAUAUUAACAGCGGGGUACUGUAUGAAACUGCACGUAACUACCAGUAACGAAACAGUACCCAUCGACAUGUUGGAAGUGGUUCUGGGGCGAUUUAACUUGAACCCAUUGCGCGGAGAUAGAUCUGCCAAUCGGAAAGUCGCGAGCUACGUGAUUCAUCCCGAUUAUGUUCACUAUCUCAAAGCUGAUUCCGAUCUCGCGGUUGUGACCCUCAAGAACGUCGUCGAGUUCACUCCUCUCAUCAGGCCUAUUUGCCUAUGGUCCGGGUCAAGUAAACUUGAAGACGUCGUUAGUAGGACGGGAUAUGUCGUAGGAUGGGGUAAAGACAAGUUUAACCGUCGUGAUCUUGACGAUCAGCGGAUGGUGAGGGCGACGAUAGUGAGUCAAGAGAUCUGUCUCUGGACGGAUUCUAGAUUCAUUUUCAUGAUAUCGGAUAAUACCUUUUGCGCUGGUUCGCAAGAUGGACUGGGUCCUUGUCACGGUGACGGUGGAAACGGGCUGAUACUUUUGAAUAAUAUCACUGGCAGUUAUGAGUUGCGUGGUAUUGUUUCGCGAGCUUUACCUUCUGGAAAUUCGCUCUGCGCUCUAGUUAAAUAUAUCAUUUAUGUUGAUGUGGCCAAAUACAUACCCUGGAUUCAACAACAGAUUUCGAUGUAACGUUCGUCUAACGUUGCAAACUGCUAUACAUGUUAAUCGAUAAGUUUCUUUAUGAAAGUUUAUUCGAAGUACUUAUGUACCAUAUGUACAGUUACGCGUGAGGAUUGUACAGGUAUGAAUUCUGUUUUUGGUUAUUCAUGCCUCUUGUAAUGUGUCUCCAAUCUGAAUACAAAACAGAAUGAAUAAGGUGCCACACAUAUAAAUUUCUGUCAUAUUGAAUUUCUUAAUAAUAAAGAAUAUUAAUAAUAA